GGAGGACUCACUCUCCAGGCAGCUCUGACACAACACGGCUCGAGUCAGAGGUGCUGUCUGCUCGUGGAUCCCUGCCAGAGAAGAACAGAACCACAGAGGAAGAGAAGAAGAAGAGGAAGAAGAAGAGAAGUUGUGAAUGAAGGUUUGAAGUUCAGCCUCAGGUGUGAGUGACAGCAGGACUUCCUGUCUCUCUCCUCGACUCAUGGCGACACUUCUUUAUUUAUUCAUUUGAAGGUUUGAGGGUGAUUCAACUUAUUUCCCAUGAGCGCGAGUCGCAGCUUGUGUGAUCAUCAUCAUCAUCAUCAUCAUCAUCAUCACCAGACGCACGCGGAGGAGAAGAAGGAGACCUUUUAAGGAGACAAGUUGGAUUAUUUGUGAUUCGGAGAAGUUUCAUUUUUUUCCUCUCCCUGUUGUGUAGAGGAGGAAGAAGAAGAAGCCAUGACUUCUGUUUGGAAGAGACUGCAGCGAGUUGGCAAAAAGGCUUCGAAGUUUCAGUUUGUCGCUUCUUACCAGGAACUGUCUCUGGAGUGCACGAAGAAAUGGCAACCAGACAAGCUGCGGGUGGUUUGGACCAGGAGGAACCGACGCAUGUGCUCCAAGCUCCACAGCUGGCAGCCUGGAAUCAAGAACCCCUACAAGGGGAUGGUGGUGUGGCCCGUCCCAGAGAACAUCGACAUCUCUGUGACGCUCUUCAAGGAGGUCAACGCUGAUGAGUUUGAGGACAAAGAGUGGACGUUUGUCAUCGAGGGUGAGAACAAAGGGCAUCGUAAGGUGCUGGCAUCGGCCGACAUCAACCUGAAGCGGUUCGCCAGUCCGACGCCGACGCAGACCGACCUGACGCUGAAGCUGAAGCCGCUGUCGGUCAAAGUGGUGGAGGCCACUCUCAAGCUGUCGCUGUCGUGCGUCUUCGUGCGCGAGGGGAAAGCGACCGAUGAAGACAUGCAGAGUCUGGCCAGUCUGAUGAGCGUCAAACCCGCUGACAUCGGCAACCUGGAUGACUUCAAUGAGAGUGACGAAGAGGAGGAGAAGAAGUCCGUCACUGCCACAGUCGCUCCUCACACUCUAACUCGCCCGAAUCGCCCAGCUCCCCCGCCGCCCGACAAGAGAAACUCCACCGGACUCUCUUCAUCGUCCUCAGCCUGUGAAGGGGAUGGCGUCCUCUCCCGCCCCCCUCUGCCUCUCGCUCCACGCCCCUCGCCCCGUCGCAGCCGACACCCCUUCAACACCACGACCACCCCUGUCCAGUCAGAGAUCCAGCCGUCUCCCGGCCCGUCCCCUCAGCCCUCACCCAGAUCUAAGCACAAAAAAUCAGCCAGCUCUGUUCUACCUGAGGUUCUGGCCUCUCCUGAGCCGGAUCCUCACAGCUCCCCGGUCCCUCCCUCAGUCCAGAACGCCUCCUCUGUCCCGCCUCUCUCUGAUGUGCCUCCUGCAAAUCCUCCAUCCCCCAAAUCCUCCGAGCCUUUUCCCCAAAUCACCCCCCCGUCCCUUCAGCCUCCACCUGCCAAAUUCUCUGAAUCUGCGUCUUCUUCACCUGCCUCUGAAAUCACCUCCUCAGCUCCCGAUCAUAUGAUGCCCAAGAGUCUCAUAACAUCGUCCUCCACGGCUCCACAAAAGACAUCUCUGACUGUGUCCACUAAUCUGACCCAUAAAACCAUCCUGUCCACGUCCUCCUCUCCCCAUCAGCCCUCCCCGUCCUCCGAGCCUCCGUCAGCUCAGCCUCCUCUCACCCGGAGCCUCUCACAGCCUCCAUCUCUGCCCAGAAUCUUCCAGUCGGGCUCAGGAAAAGUUCCUGUUUCACACCAGCGGCGCCCCCUGGAGGCUCAAACGUCAGAUGAUCCAGCUUCAGUCUCCGGCCGUUCUCACACUUUCAGACCUCAGAUCGUUAAGUCCAUCGCCCGUCCCACCUCCCCCUCUCCUUUCUCCGUCGAUGCUCCUCUUCCUCUUGUGUCGACGCCUCCCGUCCCCAAAUCUCAGCCGUCUACCUCAGAGUCAGGUGCUCAGGGGGCGUGGCUUACCUCAGGUGCUGACAUCACCCCUGUACCUCUGUUAAGCAGUCCGGACCUUGAUGCUCUGUGCGACCCCGUUGCUCCGGCCCUCGCCGCCUCCCUCCCUCGCUCCUCCCCUCCUCACUCUUCUUAUUCCACCUCCGUUUUAUUCUCCUCUCCUCGUCCUCAGCUCCUCGUCUCUCCCUCUGCUCCACCUGCUCCGCCAGGCUCGACGUUCCCCUUCAGCCAAGCAGACAAGGAGACAGCUGUGAGCCCCGGUUCAGUCCAGAUCAGACCGGCCCAGGAUUCAAAGGCAGCCAUCACAGAAAACAAAGCUGGACCAGCGAGGAUCAGCUCACACACAGAAGAUGCUGCAGAGGUGAAGCACCAGCCAAUCACAGCCAGCGACUCAGCUCCUGCUCCACCCGGCGCUCCAUCAGUUAAAGAGGAGCCCACAGAGCCAGAGGGACCCGCCGUGGAAUCCCAGGUUUCUCCCCCCAAACCAGCCACUGAGCGCACGGCUCUGGCGCUGGAGCCGCUGCUGCCCUCAAAACCAGAACCAGAACCAGAGCCGAGGCCGGAACAAGGUCUCCAAGCAUCCGGAAAACCUCAACAAAUGGGAGCGGAUGAGGAGAAACCAGCCGAGGUGGAGGCCGGUGGUCAGGAGAGUUCGGUCAGCAGUAAGGAGCCGGUGUGCGAGGCAGAAAAUCAGCUGUGGGCGACUGUGGAGGAGACCACAGCGGAGAGUAGUGAGGCGAAGCAGGAGGAGGAGGGUGGUGUCACAGGGGGUGGAAAGAAGAAACCACGCAGCAGCGAUAAACACAGUGACGCAUACAUCACGCCUCCACAUCACUGCGAGAUGAACACCUCUCGACUUCCUACGUUACCAGAAGAGGAAACCUCCGACCUCAAGCACCCACGUCCUGUCCCGACGGUCAGAGAGGAGGCUGAUGGGAAGGACGAUGCAGCUGAGGCUCUGGUGAACUCCAGCCAGUCGCUGCUCCAGUGGUGUCAGAACAUCACCAGAGGGUACCGCGGCAUUAAAGUCACCAACUUCAGCACGUCGUGGAGGAACGGCCUCGCCUUCUGUGCCAUCCUGCAUCACUUCCAUCCAGAAAAAAUAGAUUUUGACCAGUUGGAUUCUCAUGACAUCAAACUCAACAACAAGAAGGCGUUUGACGGUUUUGAGGCGCUGGGCAUCUCUCGCCUGUUGGAGCCGUCCGACAUGGUUCUGCUGUCCGUCCCUGACCGGCUCAUCGUCAUGACCUACCUCAGCCAGAUCCGCUCACACUUCACCAACCAGGAGCUGAGCGUGCUGCAGAUCGAGCGCAACAGCAGCCAGACGAGCUACGGCCUCGCCCUCUCCGGUCCGGCGCCGUCCGACGUCGACGCCGCCGCCUUCUGCAUGGCCAGACUGAACGAGGGGGUGAACCUGGAGGAGGGAGGAAGCAGCACGCUGGUCGUCCCGCCACCGAGGACCAAACGACUGCUUAAAGCCGACGAGUCAGUAACUCCAGUCGCACCUCCGAGGUCCAUUAACAAACCAGUCAAGUCUGGAUCUCAGGAUGAAGACACGACGACAACAGACAGCUCCAGUAAUAAAGAGCUGCAGAGUUCAGCUGAGACUCCAAAACCAGAGGAAGAAACGAUGUGUCUGCAGGACACCAGCCAGUACGUGCUGAGUGAGCUGGCGGCGUUGGAGACGGAGCAGAAGCACAUCGACAGCAGAGCCGCCGUGGUGGAGAGACGCCUGCGAAGCCUCAUGGAGACAGGAAGCGACCGUGAUGAAGAGGAGCGACUGAUCCAGGAGUGGUUCACGCUGGUGAACAAGAAGAACGCUCUGAUACGCAGACAGGACACACUGGAGCUGCUCCAAGAGGAGCAGGACCUGGAGAGGAGGUUUGAGCUCCUGAACAGAGAACUUCGAGUCAUGAUGGCGAUAGAAGACUGGCAGAAGUCGUCCUCUCAGCAGCAGAGGGAGCAGCUGCUCCUCCAGGAGCUCGUGUCUCUGGUCAACCAGCGGGACGAGAUCAUCAGAGACAUCGACGCCAAGGAGAGAGGGGCUCUGGAGGAGGACGAGCGUCUGGAGCGCGGCCUGGAGAUGAGGAGGAGGAAAUACAGUAACAAAGACAAAUGUGUCCUGCAGUGAGAGGACAGAAGAGAGGACAGAGCUUUUACUACUGAGCCUCUGAAGCCCAGAAAAAAACAUGUUUUUAAAUCUUUUUCAUAAUUUGUGCACACAAGGUAAAAUAACUUUUGUGGGGUUUUUUUAGUGCCUUUUACUCUCCAGGAUCCUUCAUGAGGAAACCUGAUCGGCUGCAAACUGCAAACUGUGUCAUCUUCAAUUUCAUAUCUGUUCAGUCCGUCUUAACGUCAGAGUAUUAUUUUGAUUUUUAUUUAUUGAAAUGUUGUUGUACAUCUAUUGCACAUUUUUUGUGUGUUUGUGUGUUUUUAUCUGUUUGUAUUUGAUCCCUGGCUUUUCAUUUCCUCUUUGACAAAACAAGAGCUCGUCAGAAUCUGUUCGAUUCAGGCAGAAAUGUGCUUCUGUAACUUUGACGGGAAAUCGUUUACAGUUGUUUAGGAUCUGGAAUUCAUUUCUGGUGAUAUCCGUCUUUUUAUUUCAGACAUUUCCACCAUGAAAGUGAAAAACAUUUGGUUCAAACAUGCCAAGACACAUUAGCUAUAACAAAUAACAUGUGAUUGGUCGUGAGCUGGACUCAAACACACAAUGUUAAGAGUGACGGUGCAUGUUUUCAUUUCAGUAAAGCCCUGAAAGCAUUUCCACUUUUUCCACUUGCCAUAUUGUACUUUACUGUUGUUCUCUUUUUUUUUAGACGUUAGAACGAGUUUUUCUGGCGCGCAGACAAAAGAUGUUUGAGGUGUUUUUCAGCUAAAAGCGUUUAUUUAAAGACCCUGAGUGCCUUAAAUCAACCAUGAUGUGAUGGUUGAGAUGUUCGUGCCUGCUGGAUUCACAGAAGUGAACCUGUUUCCACUGACUACUGUGUGCUGAUAAAGUGGUACUCUGCUUCACAUCACUACUGUAUAUCACUGUACACCUGAUGUGGCCGUCUGUAUUUAUGAAGUGAGGAUGUGAUGGAUUAUAUUGAUAAUUAUGUUGAAGAAAAAAUAAAUACUGGUUGGUUGCUUA